AUGUCGCCGGCCGCUGGUGGCGCCGCCGCUCCGACGCAGCCGGCGUCGGCUGCUGACGCGGGGGCCGCCCCCGCUCCGGCGGCGGGGAUCACGGCGACGGAGCCCGACCGCGCGCCGCCUCCGCAUCAGGCGAAUCGGCGGGAUCCAGCGGGGCAGGCGGAGGGCGCCGAUCCCGGCAAUGCGGCGGGGAGGAAGACGGCGUGGAACGUCCCGGCGCCGCUCCACGCUGCCGCGGCGGCGGCGGCUGCUACCGGUGGGGGCGGGGGCGGUAUCAUGGGUGGGGGCCCCGGGUCGUGGCCGGCGCUCGCGGAGUCGGCGGCGCGCGCGUUGCCCAAGUCGGCGUCGUCGGACUCGCUCAAGUCGCUCUCCGAUGGCUCCGCCCCCUCCGCAUCGGAGGAUUUGAUUGCGCCAUCUAUGCAACCGCAUCCAGCUGCUAAUCCGAUCUCCGGUGUCUCAAACCCUACCUCUUCAUCUCCACCUCCCAAUGCUACCGCCGUGGUCACCUCGCAACAGAACGGCAACGCUGACCAGCCAAAUCUAGCUCGGCACGCUGGCGGUGGUGGCAACAGUGCUGGUAGUAUUAGCAGCCGUGAUGGAAACACUAGCGACGGUGCUGAUGGGAAGUCGAACGAUGGAGGCCUUGUUGGUGGGGGAAGCGGUACCAACAGUAGGUCUGGUCAUGGCAACAGCACCAAUGGAGGUGGUGUUGCAAACCUGAACAAUAUUUUCAAUAGCAGUGGCGCCAGUAGCAGUGCCCAUGACAGCAGCAGAAGGGCAUCUGUCAAUAACAGCUGGAACAAUAACGGACGCAGUGGUGGCAGCAACCAUUAUGCUGGUGGCAGUGGUGAUGGGGGCAAUAGAAAUGGCGCUGUCGGAGGGAGCUUCUGGAACAAUAAUGGCCGAAACGGUAGUAGCAGUAACAAUGGUUUUGGUGGUCGUGGUGGUAAUCGUAAUCGUCGCGACCAUGAGAGAGGGGGUAGUUUCUCUCCUAGAAACUACCCUCGGCAGCCGAUGCUACCCCAGCCACCUCAGCAACAACAGCCAGGCAUCUACCAGUCUGGACCUUUUCCUCGACCACCGCCGCCGCCACCCCCUGCACAUUUUAUGGUGCCGCAGCCUUUUGUGCCAUAUGUUCCACACUUUGCUUACACUGCUGAUAUGCAAGGUUACCCUAUCUACCUCCCACCAGUGGAGCAAUUCCAGAACAUGCACCUUGUCCGGCCGCCAAUGCAGCCAAUAUGGGUUCCCCAAGAUGACCAGAAUCUCCAAAAGGAUAUCCGUACGCAGAUAGAAUUCUAUUUUAGCACUAAUAAUCUGUGUCAUGACACAUACUUGAGGAGACACAUGAAUGAUCAAGGAUGGGUACCCAUUGAACUAAUCACGCAAUUUAACAGGAUGAGGAGAUUUACAUACUUUGUAGACACCAACUAUAUACUAGAUGCUGUUCGUGGGUCAGAGCUAGUAGAAGUGCAGGGAAAUACUGUCCGAAGGCGCAAUGAUUGGCCAGAGUGGUUACUUCAUUAAGCCCCCAACCUGCAAAUCAGGUUGAGAUGGUAAAAUACAGCUGCUUGCUAUCCUGGAGAGCUGAUUAGAAGGGGGCUUAUUUGAUCACGGGCGUAGGUUUCGUGAUGCAUCAUGGGUGUACAGUGGGUCAUUUCAGAGUAAGAAGAUUUUGUUUAUUUAGGUCAGACAUGUUGGCUGCUGGGAAAGGCGUAUUAAAGGCAUUGGAAGGGGGCAAAUACACCAAAAAUAGGAAACAGUCUCCAGAAUAUAAAUCCUUUUUUUGGUCUGUAUAGUUUUGUCAGAUAAAGAAACGGUCGGUGCCUUUUCAUCAUAAGACGAUGUCCUCUUCACUGUUGUGGAUGUUCUGUGGGGUUUAUUUUGGGAUUACCCCGUCAUUUUUUGGUUGCAUGCACGAUGAUUUGGGCUACUGAAGCAGAGAGGUUACCGGAAUAUUUUUUUUGUCUCGCCUUUUAUUCUCUUUGAAGCUCUAGCAUGCUUGUGCAAUCAGCAUGUGAUUCACUCUGGAAUACGAAAGGCAGUCUGAAUCCUAGAAGCUGUCUCCAUGGUUUUCACCAGAUGGACACAGCUAGAUGAGUUCCUUUCAAA